GCUCUGCUGUCAGAACAGUGCAUCGCCGUCCAGUGUUCCGUUGCGUCGGGAUCAGAGGACGCAAAAUCAAGUGAAACAAAUCUUCUGACAGGAGAAAAGUUCAUGCUGGAGUUUCCAAAUACCUCAGAGGGGCAUAUGAAGUCCAAGCUGAAUAUGGAGAAUUUGACCAAGCCAGAGUUGCUGAUGCUUUUCAGCAUCCUGGAAGGAGAGCUGGAAGCCCGGGACCUUGUCAUUGAUGCGCUGAAGGCGCAGUGUAAAGAGCUGUUCAUCCAGGAGCGCUAUGGCAGGUACAACCUCAGCGACCCCUUCCUGGCCUUGCAGAGGGACAGCGAGGCUGUCGGGGGCCAAAACAAGGACUCGGGCUGUUCCUCCUUCACCUCCAACCCUCUGGUGGUUCUCAAACUGGUGGUGAGCCACUGCAGGAGGAUGCAGGAGAAGAUGUUGGCCCAGCUGGCUGCAGCAGAGAGCAGGCACAGAAGGGUCAUUGCAGAUCUGGAGGAGGAAAAGAGGAGGCAUGCUGAGGACACGGCAGAGGGAGAUGACGUCACUUACAUCCUGGAGAAGGAGAGGGAGCGCUUACAACAACAGCUGGAAUUUGAGCGGAGCCAGGUCCGGCGGUUGGAAAAAGAACAGCGGCGGAUUACUGACCAGCUAGAAGAAGAACGGGCUCAGCACAAACAGCUCUCCUGUGCUUUGGCCAAAGAGUGCAAGUGGGCAAGUGCCAGGGCUCUGGAGGAGGGGCACCGCCUGACUGAGCUGAACCGCAAACUUGACAAGGAAAAGGAAGCUUGUCAGGCCCUGAGACAGGAGCUGGAGGAUGAGAGGAGGAGAGCCCUGAGAAUGGAGGCGAGGGUGGAGGAGCAGCUGGCCGAGUUCGACACGGAGCGAGAGCAGCUCCGCUCACGUUUGAAGAAGGAAGAAGCUCACCGUUGUCAACUACAACAACAGGUGGAGGAGCUGAAGAGGAAGAUGGAGGAGGCGAAUGUGAUGAGCGUUGUUAGUGAAGUAGUUACAGCUCCAGUGGAGGCAGGAGAGGAGUGGGCCACAAAAGUUCCAUCAGGAAAGACAGCAAUAGACACUAUAAAUGUCAAGGACAUUGAGGAAGACAGAAACCAGGGGCCUGAGGUCAAUGGUCACCACUGUCUAAUGGAGAGCAAUGGGCACCAUGGUCUAAAUAACGCCCUCUCAGAGAAGAUCUGCCUACAGAAUGGAAUGGAUGAAAGUUCUCCAAUUUAUCAGACCCAUACAUCAAUCACCUGCAGCGGUGCCCCCUCCACUCUCCCCCCUUCCUCCCCAUGCACCUCACCUGUCCUUGCCAAACGCUCACCAGGCAGCCCGAGCCCUGGUAGCUACCAGUCUCCCUACCAGGCAGGGAUCAACCAGCGCUUCCAUGCUGCUCGUCACAAGUUCCAGGGUACCAAUGACCUAGAGCCUCAGCCACAGGCCGCGCAGCCUCACCUCUCGCCAAAGGAAGUCCCCCCUUUGACCAGCAGCUCCUCCCUAGAGGCGAGCCCAGUCAAGCAGAUGGCCCGGAGCACAGUCACUCAAGUCCUGUCUCGCUUCACCACCGUCCAGCAGAGUGUCGCACCGAAGCUCGCGGCACCGAACAAUUCGCCCUUCGGCACAGACUACCGCAGCCUGGCGGCGCCCUUGUCUCCGAUCAUCGCAAGGGCUGCAGGAGCACUUUCACAGGGGAUCAGAUCACCAACCAUCCCCAGGGCAGACAGGGGUAACCCUCCACCCAUCCCCCCUAAGAAGCCUGGUCUAGCCCAGGCCCCUCACUCCCCGGCCGCAGUGCCCAGAUCUGCCAGCCAUUUGUCUGACAGCCCCCUCUCUGGCAGCUGUGGCCUCACCUCGAGCCAGGAGGGAGUGAAAGAACUGGACAUGGUGGUUUCUUCUAAUUAACUGAUUUGAUUUGUCAAUAAAUUAGUCAGCUGCUGCUCUGCUUGAUGGUUUAAUCCACAUCUCAUGAUUAUGAUUUAGAUAUUGUUUUGUACAUGACAGGAUGUAUAUCCUGUGCUUAUUUGAACAGAGGUCCCUUCAAACACUGUUUCUGUAAUUGUAUUUAUUAGAUUUUGUUUUAAAUAAGCGCUGAGGCACUAUUUUAGGUAGUGAUUUAGAGGCUGGUGCUAAUGAGCAUUUACAACUGGUCAUUUUAGUUUCAAAUGUGCCAAUACUGUAUGCUGGAUGCACCGUACUGUUACAGUAUAUCAAGUCUUUUAUGGCGUCAUCUUUCUAAAGAAUACAAAUCAGUUCAUUCCGUGAGGUAUAAUUUCUUUCCUCAAGUGUGUUGCUGUGAUCUUCAGACCAAAUGUAAUUAGUAGACCUUGGACCAGUGUUAGUUACGCAUUUCAUUGUGCAUAGCUGUUUUUAUAAAAAUGUAUAGUUCAUUUUAUAAAUGUUCCUUAGUUAUGAUACACAACAGAUAAUCUAAUCAGUGUCAUACUGAUCUUUGUUCAUGUAUUACUUUAAUGUUGCAUAGUAAUGAUAAUCUUUCUCAGAUUAUAUGCAAGAACCAUUGUACAAUAUCUUGUUUAAGAUGAAUGAUUCUGAUGAAUGUCAUGCCUACGUCAUUUAUAAGACACCGUUAUAAAACAAGUAUUCAACAUGGCUUUAAUUAAUAUAACAACUGCUGUGUGGUCUGGUUGUCUCUACUUUCAUCAGAUCAGUUGCAGUGCUGUAUAUGCUGGAAAGUUACAGGUUUAAUAAAUUAAUCCCAAAGAUU